CCUUAAAAACUGAGGAAGGGUUUGGAGGCCACAGGCUUGGCUCUACCAUGUGGGUGCUCACAAAGCGGAGCUGCAAGGCAGCACACAAGCUCCAGUUGUGUGGGCUGAUAUCCACACACUGGGGACAUAAAUGAAUUACAGUAAAUCCUACUGUCUCCCACUGGGAAGCUACACCACUUUGCACUCAGCAAGGAUCCAGCCCUGGACUUGUUUGGGAAUUUUUGAAGCAUCUCACUGGGUUUCCUGGAAAGUAAUUUUGAUUUAUUCCAUGUCCUGGGGCUCUGUGCAAACUGCACAUUUUUCCUGUGUCUGAUCUCCUAAGUUACUGACUAAUCAAUGAGGAAUUUUACAGAGAUGAGAGCAAUGUUUAAUUAAGAGAUCACUCUUGGGAAGAUGUCAAUACAAAUGAGAAAUUGCAAAAAUUCUGAAAUGACAGCUCUUGUACUUGUUUACCCAUGCAUUGGGCUGUUUUCUGGAUAUCAGUGAACAACAGCACCCAGGGAAAACCAGAGCAGGACCUAACAAAUUCAGGAGCUCAAAUCAGCCACACAUGUCUAGAUUAGCCAUGUCAUCUCAAUAAAGUGAUUUACAAUUAAAAUUCUCUAAUUUCAGGUGGACUGAGUCCUCUCUGGGUGAGCUGUUGCUAUACAAAACCAACAUGCUUUGCUUUUGAACAAAUAGUAGCAAAAAAAGGAGGCUAUAGGAUUAGCCCUGAUGACAUUUUUGUCUGAUGCCUUGAACUCCUUGUUUGUCAUUUGAUAAGGAAAUUUACGCAAAACUUUAUCUUUUUUGGGUGCUGGGAGGUUUGACCUCCUCCGGACAAAAAGGCCCAAAGUAACAACACAGAAUAAAUAACUAAUAUCAAAUUAAUUUUUGUCAAGGACAGCUGAAGUUUUGUAAUCCUCCUCAGGCCAAAUGGCAAUCCACAAAUGCCAGCUCAAGAGUUAAUAUUUUACAGGCACAGGUAGUGAAGGGUAUAUAAGCAAAUGCUCUUCCUUCAAUCUUCCUAGCAUUUUUGAGCAAUUUUGCUCACAUCAUAACCUGCAACCAUGAAGUGGUUAGCAUUAAUUUCAUUUAUUAUCUUCCUGAGCUCUGCCAGUUCCAGGAAUCUGCAAAGAACUGCACGAGAUGCAGAGCACAAGAGCCCGAUUGCCCACCGCUUCAACGACCUGAAGGAAGAGACAUUUAAGGCAGUUGCCAUGAUCACAUUUGCCCAGUACCUGCAGAGAUGCUCCUACGAUGGACUGUCCAAGCUGGUGAAGGAUGUGGUUGACCUGGCACAUAAGUGUGUGGCCAACGAGGAUGCUCCCGAGUGCUCAAAACCACUGCCCUCUGUUUUCCUGGAUGAAAUCUGCCAAGUGGACAAGCUCCGUGACUCAUACGGUGACAUGGCUGACUGCUGUGGUAAAGCUGAUCCCGAAAGAAACCAGUGCUUCCUGUCCUUCAAAGUGCAGCACCCAGACUUUGUGCAGCCCUACGAGAGACCUGCUGCUGAUGUCAUCUGCAACGAGUACAAGGACCACCGCGUGCAGCUCCUGGGAAAUUUUGUCUACACUGUGGCAAGAAGAAACCCCUUCCUGCACGCCCCAGCGAUCCUGGGCCUGGCUGCUGAGUAUGAAAACGCACUUAAAAGCUGCUGCUCAGAGAGUGAUGUUGGUGCUUGCUUGGAUGCAAAGGCAGCUGUCAUCAAGGAAAGAGCCAAGAAGAUAGAUGUGAAGCAGCAGCACGGAUGCAGGAUCCUCGAAAAGUAUGGUGAGAGGACUUUCCAAGCAAGUAAACUCGUUCGUAUGAGCCAGAAAUACCCCAAGGCUCCCUUUGCAGAGCUGGUUAAGUUGGUCCACGAUGUGAAGGAUGUCUACAAAGAGUGCUGUGAUGGGGACAUGGUGGAGUGUGUGGAUGACUGGUCCGAGCUCGUGGCCUCUAUGUGCUCUAAACAAGAUGUUUUCUCAAGUAAACUCAAGCCCUGCUGCGAGCUGCCAGCUGUGGAAAGGACCAAGUGCAUCAUGGAGGCAGAGUUUGAUGACAAACCCGACAACCUUCCUUCUCUAGUUGAAAAAUACAUUCAGGAUAAGGAAGUGUGUAAAAGCUAUGAGGCAAACCAUGAUGCAUUCCUGUCAGAGUUUGUUUAUGAAUACUCACGAAGACACCCUGAGCUCUCCACACAGCUGGUCAUGAGGAUUACCAAGGGAUAUGAAACACUCCUGGAUAAGUGCUGCAAGACAGACAACCCUGCUGAGUGCUACGGGAACGCUCAAGAGGAACUGAACAAGCACGUGAAGGAGAGCGAGGAUGUGGUGAAGACCAACUGUGAGCUGUUCAACACCCAUGGCGAGGCAGACUUCCUUAAAGGAAUUCUGGUCCGUUACACCAAGAAAAUGCCUCAGGUAUCAAGUGAGACCUUGCUUGAAAUCGGGAAGAAAAUGACAGGGGUUGGCAAGAAGUGCUGCAGUCUCCCUGAGCAGAAACGCAUGUCUUGUUCUGAGCACUAUCUGAGCAUCAUCAUUGAAGACAUGUGCAAGAGGCAGGAGAGCACCCCCAUCAAUGAGCAGGUUUCCCAGUGCUGCAACGAGCUCUACUCAUACAGGAGGCCGUGUUUCACUGCCAUGGGCGUAGACACCAAAUACGUGCCGCCUCCCUUCGACCCCUCGAUGUUCAACUUCGAUGAGAAGCUGUGCACUGCUGCUCCGGCUGAGCGCGAAGCAGGGCAGCUCAAAAUGCUCGUCAACCUCAUCAAGCGCAAGCCCCAGAUGACAGAAGAACAAAUAAAGACAAUUGGUGAGGGUUUCACUGCCAUGAUGGAAAAGUGCUGCAAGCAGGCAGAUGUUGAGGGGUGCCUUGGAGAAGAGGGCGCUUCCCUAAUAGUCCAGAGCAGAGCCAUACUAGGAAUUGGUGCUUAAUCUAAGGUUGCCAGUGAGAAAAAUAUGAAGAAAAACCUGUGGAACUUCUGCCACCCCUUACCCUUUUUCAUUUGGUACUGAAUGAAUAUUUCAUGAAUCUUCAGUGUUUUGUCACACUAUGUGCUGUUCAAUUCUUUCUCUAAAACAAAAAUAAAAAAUAAAGGCUUUAUAAAACCA